AUUCAAGCCUAAUAAUACAUUUUAUUUUUUUCUUUUUAAAGGGAUUUUUAAGGUUCAGAAGGAGAAAAUCUGAGAAAUGAAAUCAGAUUUCUUUUCUAUUCUCGUUCUUGGUUUGAUCUUCAACAGCUUGGUGCUGUUCUGUAAUGGAGGCCUCACCAGUAACUUCGUCAGGAAAACAGAGAAGUCCACUGACAUGCCUUUUGAUAGCGAUGUCUUUCGUGCUCCUCCUGGUUAUAAUGCACCUCAACAGCUGCACAUAACACAAGGAGAUGUAGAAGGGAAGGCAGUGAUAGUGUCUUGGGUGACACAAGAAGCACCAGGUUCGAACACAGUCCUUUACUGGAAAGAGCAUAGCUCCCAAAAACACAAAGCCCAUGGCAAAACCAACACUUACAAGUUCUACAAUUAUACUUCUGGUUAUAUUCAUCAUUGCACCAUCAGAAACUUGGAGUAUGACUCCAAGUACUAUUAUGUGGUUGGUGUGGGACAAACUGAGCGCAAGUUCUGGUUCUUCACUCCUCCUAAAGUUGGUCCUGACGUUCCUUACACGUUUGGUCUCAUUGGGGAUCUCGGGCAGACUUUUGACUCAAACAUAACCUUAACACAUUAUGAGAAUAGCCCCAAAAAGGGACAAGCUGUUUUGUUUGUAGGGGAUCUCUCAUAUGCUGAUAACUAUCCUAAUCAUGAUAAUAAUAGAUGGGACAGUUGGGGAAGAUUUUCUGAAAGAAGCACAGCUUAUCAGCCAUGGAUUUGGACAACAGGAAAUCAUGAACUCGAUUUUGCACCCGAGAUUGGAGAAAACAAACCGUUUAAGCCAUUCACGCAUAGGUACCGCACUCCUUACCGAGCAUCAGGCAGCACAGAACCAUUUUGGUACUCGAUAAAGAGAGGACCAGCUUACAUCAUUGUGCUUUCUUCAUAUUCAGCAUAUGGUAAAUAUACGCCACAAUACUCGUGGCUGGAAAAAGAGUUUCCAAAAGUUAACAGAACAGAAACUCCAUGGUUGAUUGUUCUGAACCAUUCACCUUGGUACAACAGCUACAAUUACCAUUACAUGGAAGGUGAAACAAUGAGAGUGAUGUAUGAGCCGUGGUUUGUCGAGAACAGAGUAGAUAUUGUUUUCUCAGGUCACGUCCACGCCUACGAAAGAUCAGAACGCAUAUCAAACAUUGCGUACAACGUGGUUAAUGGCAUUUGCACUCCAGUAAAAGAUCAAUCUGCUCCUGUUUAUAUCACCAUUGGUGAUGGAGGAAAUAUUGAAGGACUGGCUACCAAAAUGACUGAGCCUCAGCCUAUGUACUCUGCCUUCAGAGAAGCCAGCUUCGGGCAUGCAAUACUCUCGAUAAAGAACAGGACGCACGCACACUAUGGAUGGCACAGGAACCAGGAUGGUUACGCCGUGGAGGCUGACACCAUGUGGUUUUACAACCGAUUCUGGCAUCCUGUUAAUGAUUCUCCUUCUUUUGAUUCUUGAGAAUCUAUAGAAUGAAGAGCAUCCAAUACAAAACAAAAAAUAAAAAUUUGUAUACAAUGGAAUAUUGACUUCAAUACGGUCCAUAUUAAUUAGGUUGCAAAAAAAUACAAUCAAGAAAUAAUGAAAAAGUGUCAGCGUAAGAGCAAUAAAUAUAUUUUAAACUAGAGUCGAUCUGCGCUACGCGCG